AUGAGACAUGGCGGCAAUGCAUCGACCAUGCCCGAUAAGGUCGUCAAGCCCUGGAAGCUGCCGCCUCAGACGACAUACGUCUUCCAAAAUGCCAACGUGGUUGACGCGGCUAGCGGUUCAAUUCUUAGUAGCAUGGCCGUUAAGAUCUCGGCUGGACUGAUUGAAUACGUCGGCCAAGAUGCAGCAGAGUCGCCAGACGAUGUGGUCAUCGACCUCAACGGCAAGUACCUGUGUCCAGGACUCAUCGACUGCCACGUCCACAUCAGUGCUGUACCAGGCGAUGACGGCCUCAAUGGAAGCGCUUUUGGCGCCGACGUUGCGGUAUCUCAUUUUCGACAGCCGUAUCUCUGCGGACAGAUGCUCUCGAAGGGAUUCACAACCAUUCGGGACACGGGCGGCGCAACGUUGGCUUUGAAAGAAGCGAUUGAGGAUGAUGUGUUUCCUGGACCCAGGAUGUUCAUCGCGAACCAGGCACUUUCGCAGACUGGAGGACACGGCGACCGCAGAGGCGCCCACGAUCAUCAACAAUGCUGCGGGAAUCAGGGAGGUCUUUCUACAGUUGUCGAUGGUGUGUCCGAGUGCAUUCGCGCUGCAAGGGAGCAGCUCCGCACUGGCGCUGACUUUAUCAAGAUCAUGGUUGGCGGAGGCGUCGCUUCGCCUACCGAUCGCAUUGAGAAUACGCAGUUUACCGCCGCUGAGGUCAAGGCUAUCUGUGAAGUCGCCGAGAGCUAUGGGACGUUUGUGACGGCACACGCGUACACGCCCAAAGCGAUUAGACACGCGGUUGAUAACGGCGUCCGGGGGAUCGAGCACGGCAACUUGAUCGACCGAGAAACAGCUCUGUACAUGGCACAACAUGAAGUUUGGCUGACCCCAACGCUGGUCACCUACGCGGCCAUGGGAUCGGACAAAUACGCUGGCUUCCUGCCGCCAGUGAACCUGGAGAAGAACCGCCGAAUGCUCGACCAAGGCCUCAAUUCGCUGCGCAUCGCAUCCGAGGCGGGCGUGACCAUCUGCCACGGCUCCGACCUCCUCGGUCCUCUCCAGGCCGAGCAGAGCCGGGAGUUUGGCAUCCGGGCGCAGGCGUUGAGCAGCAAGACGGUGUUGCAGGGAGCGACUGUCAACGCUGCGAAGAUGCUGCGACAGAGUGAAUUUCUAGGGCAGGUCAAGGAAGGGUUUGCGGCGGACAUGCUCGUCUUGAACGAGAACCCGCUGGAGGAUGUUUCCAUCUUGGAUGAGCCUGAGAAGUGCGUGCUGGCUGUUAUCAAGAAUGGACGGGUUUAUAAGAGUCGAUGGACUAAGUUGCCGGAGGAUGUGAACGAGGAGGUGGGGAUGAUUGAAUAA